AUGACUCAAAUUGCAAAGGCUUUUACAAGCUCGUUCCAGUCCGAGAUGCGACAGUACGUUGAUGCUGUCAAGGUCAAGGCAGAAAACGUCCAGCGUGAUAUUGAACUCGUGAAAGCAAAGACCGACCGACAUGAGCAGAAGAUGCAGGAAAAGGAACGAGAAGAGGCGGCUGCUAAUCGCAGUCUGGUUGUUGCAAGCUUGUCGAAAAACUGGAAUCAAGUGAGCAAGUUCAGAAACGAUGCUAGAAAAGAAUCCAAUGAGCGGAAGAAACGACAAGCACUUGAUGCAUUGAGCACUUAUAACCGAUACACGACAAGUCUCAAUAGUGCUCGGAACAAACGCCAUCUGCAUACUGCGUCUUGGAUAUUUGAGAAACAGGAGUUUGAAGACUGGUACGCCCUAGAAGAGGCACCUGUCUUGCAUAUUGCUGGCAAGAGUGAGUUUAGCAUCUCGAACAGCUCAACUAGGAACAACAUUGACAUUGACUUCAGUUGGCUCUGGAAAGACUAUCUUAUCUUCCAACUUCUCAGAUCCUCCAUCAUUGAAUUCAUCAACAACAAGCAGAGUGAAUCUGAAGUAGUUUCUUUCUUCUUCUCCCGCUUCGACGAUUCAGCGAGUCUCCAGUGCGAUACUAUACUCAGAUCGCUAGUCUUUCAACUUGCCUCACGCCCCUCUCUGACCAAGAUUGCUGGAAGCAAGGACCUGUACAGCGAUUUGGAGUCGGCAAAGGACGAAUCCUAUUCCCGCGACUCAUUGAAGAAGCUAUUUCAUCGUUCCCUAGGACUGAUUGAAAAGUGGUUCAUAGUCCUGGAUGGCAUCGACGAGUGCAACUCAGAGGAGCGACGGGGACUGUUCGGGUUCCUAUCGGAUCUUCUCGCAGACGAGAACGCAUCUGGAAAAUUCAAACUACUAUUGUCAUGCAGGGAGACCCUCAACCACGAUAUCAGAACGUGGUUCACUUCUGCUUUACAUGUUGUAACAGGGUCGAAAACAACGAGCCAAGAUAUUUUAACAUACGCUGAAGACAUACUCCACGAGAAACUCUCAAAGGGCGAACUUGUCCUGGGCAACAUCAAUCUUGCUAAAGAGAUUCUUCGAUCCAUUUCACUGAAAGAGCAGGGAAUGUUCUUAUGGGCGUUUCUUACCAUUGAAGAUCUAUGCAGUCGAAAAUGUGAUGCCGAGAUCAUAAAAGCCCUCGAAACCUUGCCGUCUGAGCUCAACACUACCCUUGAUCGUGCACUUGAUCGAAUAUUCCGUCAUAAAAAUGCCGAGAUUGCCCAAGAUAUUUUUCGCUGGAUAGCAGCUGUGCGCGAACCAUUGAAAGUCGACCAGCUCCAAGAAGCACUGUCAAUAAAAGUUGGGGACAAAGUGAUUGACCCUCGAUCUCGAAUCAAUGGUAUAGAGAAACUCACACAAUGGUGUGAGAAUCUUGUACGUAUUGACGAGGAAGACGACGCAGUGUGUUUCAGUCACCAUUCAAUUCUUGACUAUCUGUCCAAAUCCGAUUCUGGACCUUGGAAGGAUUUCCACAUUGAUCACCAAGAGGCAGAUCACCACGUUGGUCAAGUUUGUUUGACCUACCUGAAUAUACAAAGUCCUUCCACGGCACUUCAGCACACGAGAAACGAAAGGCCUGUUGAUCCGUUCCAACAACUAAGGGUGAAUUUCCCUGUCAUCACCAAGCAAGCCAUGAGGGAAUUCGCUACUGGUGGCGUCGGGACAAGAGCUACCAAACUAAUAGACUAUGCUACUCAACUAAAAGAAGUGACUAAUACAUCUCGGUUCUCUGGCACCCAAGCCGUGGUAGACGUCGAAUAUCCAUUUACGUCACAUUUUCCUUUCCUCCAGUACGCCGAGAACCGAGGGUAUCCCAAACUGGCCGGCUCUAGUCACCAAUCCUAUGAGACCAUGUCAUUGUCCGAAAGGCUUAAAGGCAAGGGGUGUUGA